UCCCCCCGGCACCCAAAAUAUCCACUAGGUGUCUAUAUCACACUGUUGCAACUGUGGAUGAUAAUUCCAAGGCCCCUCAACUCCCGAGAUCCUCGAAUUAAAUGAUUUUAUUAAUAUAUAGUAUGAAGUAGGUUGUUCAGAUCAUGUGAUGUCAUAACGCCAUCAUGUCUGAUGUCAGGGUAGAGCACCGGCCAAAAAAUAUAUAAGGAAGCAGAAUAGCUGAGGUUAAUUUGACCUCCAAUUUUAUCCUCGUCCUUUUGACGACUUCAUCUGAAGCCCUCCAAACGUGCAAACAAUAUACAUCCACCAAACAUCCCAAGCUACACAUCAAUUUAGAACCAAAAUGUCUGGAGACAACUCUCGCCGCGGUGGCACUCUUUCAGAGAUGGCCCCAACUGGUACGACCAUUCCUAAUGAUGCCGGUCUCCAGAACACGAUUCCAUCAAAGGCACGUCCAGAUCAGCAAAGUGAAGAUCAUCGAUUCAGCUACGACGGACUUGCCCAGUCAAGUGUCGCAACUGCCGCCGAUAACGCCACUGAUAUGCCCCGAAGCACCCGUGAUGUAGGCCAAACGGGUGAAGUGAUGACUGGAACUGGUGAUUCUCUACCGGCGGAAAUCGAAACGAAGAAUCUAAGUAUUCAAACCAACGACCCCGGUGCCAAGGGCCAGACCCGCACGCUCAAGCACGCUGUGAAAAAUCGUGGCGCGUUCGAUAAACUAGUUGGGGAUGAUCCCGAGGGAGCACAGGCUGUGGGAGAACCUGAGCAGAGAGCUUAAGUCACUCAUUGCAGGAAGCGAGAAUAUCCACCGAUCAUGCAUGGCUACUGAGGAGCCUGAUUUGGGUAUAUGUAAAUAUAUGUUGCUAUUAGUUGUCAUGAAAAAUGCUACUCACUUGUAC